AUGGAGCACAAGGAGAAGGGUCGUGCGGCAGGGGGCGAGGGGAGAGCAGGCAGGGGCAUGCUGGAGAUUAUAGAGGAGGAGGAGGAGGCGCAGUGCACCUUCGAGGACCUGAUCAUCGAGAAAGCCACUGCCAGAGCAGAUGCCAUUUUCAGUGGACUGGAUCUGAUUGGAAUGUCCUCCUUUUCAGUGCUCCAAAAGAGAUGUAAUGCAGCCAUGAUCAGAAGAAUGAUGCUGGUGAGCGAGUCUAUGGCCGACAGCAGUCAAUCUGAUGUCCCGUCCUUCGUCGCCAAGACGCUUGGCAGAUUCUCAGUGCUCGGCGUUGCUGGACAAGCACUGGACCUUGUCCUAUCAAUGGCUCACUUGCCAGCUGACUCUCCAAGUGCUUCUGGACCUGACGGUGGAGUUUCUGUGGCCCGCAGCGAUAUUUGCCCCAGUGACAGCGUCAGUGUGCGCAAGCGUCGGCCGCAAUUCAUGAGCAGCGAUCUUCAGAGGCAAAGAGCGCGGCUCCUCGCCUGGACCGAGCCGCUAUCCGACGACUGUUUCCCAGAGUGCAGGACCACAAAGCUUUGGCUUUACUUUGGGGGCCGCGCGAGCAACGAACCCUGGACCUUCAACCGCGGGCUGCGGGGCCCGGGGCAUGGGCGCUUUCCGCAGUGGUGGUCCGGUUCGAGUGAAAGCAGAUUUGAUCGGAGACGCUGCUCGUCCCGGCCGGAGUCGACCCUCCACCGCGCCGCCACCUGGGUCCGCAUCGACGCCCAUCAGAUCUGGAUCACAGCGACGGCCGGCAUCGCCGAGUGCAGGUCAAGUGCGGUCAAGUUCGUCCUCACGGCCACCAUCCCCGACCAAUGCUCGGAGCUCCCCCGUCCCGGCAACAAAGUAUGCUCCGGGGCACUCCUACCCGGGGUCUGGGAGCUCGCCGUUCGAAAGGUCCAAUCAGCGUUCCAUGACGGCCCACCUGCGCCGGGCCCCCUCGCCGACCCCAGCGUCAGGGGCCAAAAAAAAACCGUCUCCUCCAAAGGAGCAAACACCGCUUCGGCUUUUGGCUUACUGCGCUCCGGACCGAGGUUUAACACCGGCCGCUCCUCUUCCGCAAAGCCUCGAUGGCGCUCCUAA